GAAAUAUUUUGAAAUUUGUGUUUUAAAAUUAAAAAAAUGUAAAAAAACUGUUGUGAAGACUUUCUUUUAUUAAGAAAAGAAUAUAUAGUGUUAUAAAAAAACUUUUCGAGAUAGAUGGAGUUGAAAUGACACGUGACACCGCCUUUCAUGAAUCAAGAUGCUUUUCUACUGAGAGUUCCCUUGCCUCCCACAGAUUGGAGUGCUUUUCCUAUGUGAGUCCUUUUGCUUCUCACAGAUUAAAGUGCUUUUUUAAUGUGAGUUUUCUUGCUUCUUACAGAUUGAGGUGCUUUUUUAAUGUGAGUGAUAGAUUUUUAGAUAGAUAGAAAUGGAUUUUUUUUAACGCCAUAGUGAAGUAAAAAUUAUCAUUUUUAACACUUUUCUAAGAAAUCUGACGUGAUAGAGCAUUUUGCUUUUACCAGAUUCGUGUUCAGCACGCAAAAAUACAAUGGGAAAUGAUAAUUUGUAUUUAAACAACAGAAAAGAAGUCUGAAAACGGCGCCCUAUGUUAUAAAAAACCAUCACUUUCAACCCUUUAUAUCUCUGAAACUGCGCUUAUGCUCAUUUUAAAAUUUCUCUGGGAUUAAUGUUUCAUUAUAUAGUACUAUUUGGCAUAAAAGAAAGUUUGAAAUUAGAGAUCCAAAAAAUGGGCCAAAUUUGGGAUUACUCUUCGGUAUGGAAUCUAUUUAUUAAAUCAUAUUAUGUCAUCUCAAAACUGAUAUUAAACGAGUUUUAUAAAUACGACUAUAAAUAUUGUACCUAAAAAUAUUAAAAGAUGACAAUAUCAAUUAAAUUCACAAAAUUUAUGUAUCAAACUAUUUCUCGUUUCAAGGCUAGUUUCAAAUAAUUUAGCAAAGUAUGAUUAUAAAACCGAAACUCAGAGACGUAAAUAAUAACAUUGAUUAAUUUUGAGAAAAUUAAUUUAUAACAAUAAAAAUUCAACAGUUGCGAGAUAAGAUAUUUGACGCGCAAAAAUCAGAAGACACCUUGUAUAACCAUAGAUGUUCGAUUUAAUAUACUAUCAAUUGUUUCCCCAAAUCUUAUUUGCCCCAGAAAAAAAAUGGCUAGUCUUUUAACGAAAAGUUAUUUUUUACUACAAAUGAAACGUAGUUUUCAACGACAGCAAUUUGGUAAAGUUUAUACAUGGUACAACGAGAUCGAGUGGAAAAAGAAACGUGGAAAAAGAAUUCUGAUAAACGGUUUAGGCGUGCUGAUAGGCGUUGGCACCACUCUCGGAACAUUUCUAUAUUGCUUGGACCGAUCGGUUCAAGCCAUAGACCGCGUCGCACACCUGCCCAACUAUCCCUGGGACUUCGAGGGAUAUCUCACAUCUCUGGAUCAUUCGGCUGUACGGCGGGGUUGGCAAGUCUACAGAACCAUAUGUCACACAUGUCACAGCUUGCGCUACGUGCGAUUCAUGGAUAUGAUCGACGUGUCGCAUACGAGGGACGAGGUCAAGGCCAUUGCUGCUGAGUACGAGAUUCAAGAUGGACCCGACGAAGAAGGAAAUUACUACACAAGACCCGGAAAAUUGUCUGAUUUGUUGCCAUGUCCUUUUCCAAAUGAGGAAGCGGCCAGGGCUGCCAAUUUUGGUGCAUAUCCACCAGAUUUGACCUACAUCAUUUUGGCCAGGAAGAAUGGUAGAAAUUACUUAUUUUCUUUGCUAACGGGAUGGGAAAAGCCGCCUGCAGGUAUAUCUUUAACCGACCAACAACAUUUUAAUGUUUACUUUCCCGGAAAUGUAAUGAGUAUGGCGCAAAUGUUAGUCAACGGAGUGGUGGAAUACGACGAUGGCACUCCAUCAACGACGUCACAAAUGGCAAAGGACAUAGUCGAGUUUUUAAGCUGGACCUCUUCGCAAAACUUUGAUGAACGAAAGCAAAUGUUUAUUAAGGCGAUGGGAAUCUGUAUUAUAUUACUAGCUUCGGUUACUCACUAUAUGAGAUACAUUUGGUCGCACAUGAGGAGCAAGCAGAUUGUAUAUGUACCCAAGAGAAAAUAUUAAAAAAUAUUUUUGCAAAAA